GGAGAUCUAAUAGAGUCUAGAAGGCUAUAGAGUAUAGAAGGUUGAAACUUAAGUUCUCUCGUAAACUUACCGGAGGGGUUUUUGCCAGUUUUUUUUUUUUCUUCUCGCGUUACCUCUGAAAAAGAAAGAGCGAGGAUGGUUUUUGUGCAGUCCUUCAAACGAUGUCGCUUCAUUCAAAUUUAGCUUUGACAAACGACACCCUUAUUUAUCAUUUCUUUCAAAUUUGUCUCAAACGUUUAGAAUAGUAAAACAAUCAAGGAAAGAAUUGAAAUCACUUUCUUUUUUUUUUAAACGUCGAAAGUAAUUGAAAUCAAUAAUGUCUCUUUCCUUGAUUACUGCUGGUUCGAUUCUUAUCUGCCCCGAUCUUCGUCUCCGCCAACCUCCCUCGUAUUUGACAAUCUCUUCAUCCCUGUCGUCCUUUAUUGUCCCUUCCAGUAAUCACCGCAAGAUCACACUCCCGGUCAAAGUCACCGCGAGAGGCGACAUGGAGACGGCGGCGGAGACUAUUUCCGGUGGUGUUCCCAACAACACGAUGAAGCUACUGUUCGUAGAGAUGGGUGUGGGUUACGAUCAACACGGGCAGGACGUGACUUCUGCGGCGAUGAAGGCGUGUAAGAAUGCAAUUUCUUCCAAUUCGAUUCCUGCUUUUAGAAGAGGUUCGAUUCCUGGAGUUUCAUUUGGAGAAAUGAAGUUACAGAUCAAGCUUGGAGUGCCUCGUUCUCUUCACCACCAGCUGGAUCUUGACAAGAUCAAGUCUAUUUUCCCCUAUGGAGAGAUUGUUAACGUGGAGGUGGUGGAUGGAGGACUGAUCUGCUCAAGUGGCGUUCUAGUUGAAGAAAUGGGUGAUAAAAACGAGGACUGCUACAUUGUGAAUGUCGCCGUUUACGUUGGCUACUAGUGUCUCUUGUUUCUUUGGGUAUUUAAGUUAAAACAAAUGUCGUCGUGGAAGAAGAUAGGUGAAAGGGAUAGCUUUGCAGUCACUUUUUUGUUUUUAGAACAAAAUGUUUGUUUCUCACUAUCUGAAUUUCAGUUUAAACAUUGAACCAUAGAAACAAAUGUUUCAGUCUUAGCUCUACGCCUGGACAUUUGGGUUUUUGGAUCAAGUUUGGGUCGGUUCUAAUCGGAUCCAAGUUUUUUGGAUCGAA